AUGUGGAUGUGUGCGCGGCUAGCACGGGCACGACUCGGCGUGGGCCCUCGAGCACGUGAAACGCUGAAUGGUCAGCGGCUGAUAGAAUUUCGACUCGGUGCGGAGGCCGAGUCGGAGCAGGGCGAGGGGCUGGCGGUGGCAUCGGCCGAACUGAUGGUGCGAGCCGAAACGUCACCGCGGGCCCGACGCCUGCGCUACACGCUGUGGGCCUUCACCGUCAGCGGUAAUACUAGCAACGAAAGCGUGGCCAUCAGCACGCUGGCGGGCGCCGUACGACGGGACCCCACACGCGCGUGGCAGCGCCUGGACGUGACGGGCGCCGCGCGGCGCUGGGCGGGCGGGGGCGCGCGCGGCCCGCUGCGCCUGCUGCUGGACUGCUCGGGCUGCGGCGGGCGCGUGCGCCUGCGGCUGGGCGGCGGGCAGGCGGCGCGGCCGCUGCUGCGCCUGCGCCUGUCGCCGCCCGCGGUGCGCCGCCGCCGCGCGCUGGACUGCGACGCCGCCGAGCACGGCCGAUGCUGCCGCCAGACGUACUACGUGAGCUUCCGCGCGCUCGGCUGGGACGACUGGAUCGUCGCGCCGGAGGGCUACUACGCCAACUACUGCCGCGGUGCCUGCGCCCCGUUCCUCAACUACCACUCGCAGGUGGUGGAGGCCGCGCGGCUGGAGCGCGCCGAGUGCUGUGCGCCCGUGCGCUUCUCCGCGCUGUCCCUCAUCUACUUCGGCGCCGACUCCAACAUCAUCAAACGCGACCUGCCCGAGAUGGUGGUGGAGGAGUGCGACUGCCCGUAG